AUGGCCCAUGGACAUGGACUUGAACAUGGUCAUAGUAAAAUGGAACUUCCAGAUUAUAAACAACGGAAGAUAGAAGGGACACCAUCGGAAACUGUCCAGGAGAAGUUGGCUGCACGAGGGCUAAGGGACCCAUGGGGCCGCAGUGAAGCUUGGAGAUACCUGGAUGGCUUUGCAAAUAAUGUUUCCUUUGUUGGUGCAUUACUGAAAGGAUGCAAAUGGGGAUUUGCUGCAUUUGUGGUAGCUGUAGGGGCUGAAUGUUACCUGGAGUCCCAGAAAGAAGAUAAGAAGCAUCACUGAAGAUAAUACCUGGAAGUAUCUUUUAAUGUCUUCUUAAUUCUCUUAUAAGAAGAAGAUUUCUUCACUGUAGCCUACUCACCUGUGUGUUUGUUCCUUAAAGAAUACUAGUAAGAUUUAAUAAGAAAACAUGUAAAAAAAUAAAAUAAAAUAUUACAGGAAACAGUGAAAGAAAAGAGGCAGAAGAACCAAGAGAAGCAAAAUAUGGUCAUUGCUGGCCCUACACGU